GUGACCAUGUGCUUUUUCAAACACAUUACUACGACAGGUACCUGAUGGACUGGACUAGAGAUUAAGUCGAUUUUUUGUCUUCUUUUUCAAGCGUGUGAGAAGGAAACAUGGAGUGCACUGGAGAGGUGACAGCGCAGCUCAUGAUGGCUGUGGGCACGGCGGUGAUCGGCUCGCUCCAGUUCGGCUACAACACUGGUGUCAUUAAUGCACCUCAAAAUAUCAUUGAAAAUUUCUACAGCGAGACAUGGAGCAGCAGGUUUUCUGAGCCCAUCUCCCAGAGCACGCUCACAGCUCUGUGGUCCCUGUCUGUGGCCAUCUUCUCUGUGGGUGGAAUGUUCGGUUCUUUCUCAGUCGGCCUCUUUGUGAACCGCUUCGGCAGGAGGAACUCCAUGCUCAUGGUCAACGUGCUCGCCUUCAUUGCUGCUUUGCUCAUGGGUUUCUCCAAGCUGGCAGCUUCAUGGGAGCUCCUCAUCAUCGGGCGCUUCACCGUGGGUUUAUAUUGCGGCCUGUCCACCGGCUUUGUGCCCAUGUACGUCGAGGAAAUUUCCCCUACGUCUCUCCGAGGGGCAAUGGGCACUUUGCAUCAGUUGGGUGUCGUCAUUGGAAUCCUCUUGGCACAGAUUUUGGGGAUCGAAUCCAUCAUGGGGAACGCCUCCCUCUGGCCCCUGUUGUUAGGGUUCACGCUACUGCCAGCCAUCGUGCAGUCGGUCCUGCUGCCCCUGUGCCCCGAGAGCCCGAGAUACCUCCUCAUCAACUGCAAUGAGGAGAGCCAAGCCAACAGCGUGUUAGUAAAGCUCCGUGGCACCCACGACGUGAGCGAGGACAUGACAGAGAUGAAGGAAGAGAGCCGACAGAUGAUGGCAGAGAAAAAAGUGACCAUAUUGGAGCUGCUGCGCGCUCCCGUUUAUCGCCAGCCGGUCCUCGUGGCUGUGAUGCUGCAGCUCUCGCAGCAGCUGUCUGGGAUCAACGCUGUGUUCUACUAUUCAACGGGAAUCUUUGCAAGGGCGGGUGUGUCCCAGCCCGUCUACGCAACCAUCGGAGCAGGAGUGGUGAACACAGCAUUCACCGUUGUUUCUUUGUUUGUGGUGGAGCGUAUGGGCAGAAGGCCACUGCACCUGACUGGUUUAAUGGGAAUGGCAAUUUCUGCCGUUGUUCUAACCCUUGCGAUGGCUUUGUUGGAUCAAUACAACUGGAUGUCGUACGUGAGCAUUGUGGCCAUCCUUAGCUUUGUGGCCUUCUUCGAAAUAGGCCCAGGCCCCAUCCCGUGGUUCAUUGUGGCGGAGCUCUUUAGUCAGGGGCCCCGACCGGCUGCUAUCGCCGUUGCUGGCUUCUCAAACUGGUCGGCCAAUUUUUUAAUUGGCAUGAGCUUUCCAUAUGUGGAGCAACUCUGUGGCCCUUAUGUCUUCGUCAUCUUCACUGUUCUCCUGCUGGGUUUUUUUGUCUUCACCUACUUCAAGGUGCCCGAAACCAAGGGACGUACAUUCGAUGAGAUUUCCGCAGGCUUUCGACAGUCAACUGGUCGUGGAGCUGAUAAAUACUUGGCCUCUGAAGAGUUCAACACACUCAGGGGUGACGAUCCCGACCUUUAAAAGAUGUGCUCAAAUUACUUUUGAAUCCCAAUUUAGCAGGUUUUUAGGCUCGAGUUCCUCCCAUGACAGUCAAAUUAGGUAGAUUCACAUGUUCUGUUGUCUCUGUUUUGGUGCUAAAAAGUAUACGGUCACACAGGACUGCAGUUUUACGCAUCACGCAAACACAUUGUCCUAUGACAAUCCCGUGAAAAUAAAC